UGAAUAUGUUAAGUGCAUAGAGUGAUUUAGUUAGUUGUUUGCCGGAUCUGUGAUUUCUUUUUGUGGCUGGGUCGUUCGCGUUUUAAUUUGGCCCUCAACGGACACCGUCUAAAGCUGCAAAAUAUUGCAAAUUGUAAUCCCACACCGUGCAACAAUGUAACUCUACUUCAGAGCCCAGUUAGGUCUUGUGUUUGAUUAAAUUCAUGACUUCACGGUGCCUUCAGCUGAGGCGAUGUCUGUCUUACAGAGAGCCAAGACAUGGGAAAUAUCCGACUCUGAGGACGAGGGCGAUGCCCAAACAAAAGGCGAGGAGAGCAGGCAAACGGGUCUGAGUGCAGACUGUGGCAGCAGCCGAGGCUCACAAGACACAUGCACACCUCACGCAGUGUCACAGAGCAAUAGUUUGUCUCCACCGCGAGAACUAAAGUCUGGCACCCCGAGUCCUGCGAGAAAACGCCGCACCAAGGAGGAGGUUGAGGCAGAGAGGGUGAAAGCGAAGGAGAGAAAGGAGGCCAGAGAGAGAGAGAGGAGAGCUAAAGCCCAGGAGAAGGAGGAGAGGAGGCAGGAGCAGCAGAGGAGGAGGGAGGCGGCGGAGCGGCUGAAGAGCCUCAGGCCGGAGAACUGCCUCAAGCGCCUCACAGUGUGCGUAGACCCAGCUCUCCUGCAACACAGCGGCUCCGACAUCCUGCUGGACACUCUGGUCGCCUCUGAGUGGAAGUUUAGCAUUGAGAGCCAGCAGCUCUCUCACAGCAUCACAUGGACCAGAGAUGUAUCUCAGUUUUACUCUGGAGAGGAGAGUAAGGGACCAGUGGAGGAGGAGCAAAUCAUUCUGGUGCUUGGUCUGACUGACUUUAUGGACAUGGUGAUCUGGGUGAAAAAAAUGCUAGAAAGUGAUGGGGAGGAGUCACCAGUGGAGUCUGUCCUUAGUCCUCUGCUGGAGUGUCUCAACCGUGAUGCCAAGAAGGUGGUCACUGUGUUAGUGACAGACUCCCAGCCACAUUACAGGGCAAACUCCUGCAGAGAGUACACAGUUCAUCAGACGCUGCAGUCCCAGUUGGGGAUAGACAAUCUGGAACUUGAGGAGGUUCUUGUGUACCUGCAGCUCUACAAGAAUGUCUCAGUGGUCUUCCUGGAUGGCUGGCAGAAUGUCACUGACCAUGUGUGCGCUGUCACUAAGGCCUUGUCCAAACGCCCUUUCAAGAUACUGACGGAGCGGACGGAGCUGCCGUUCUGUGUGGACGGCUCAUGGGCCAGCGGGGUUCGGGUAGAGAGGGACGGCUCGGGGCUGAGCCAGGUGUGGAGCAGACAGAUCCAGCAGCUGAACAGAGUUAGCCCUGCUGUGGCCUCCACCAUCACUGCUGCCUACCCAUCUCCUCAAAUACUGCUGCAGGCCUACCAGAGCAUGGAGUCAGAGGAGGACAGGAAGGGGCUGCUGGCUGGCCUCUUAGUGAAGAGUGGAGGUAAAGAGAGACGUAUUGGACCUGACAUCUCAGCCAGAGUCUACCGCUGCCUCACAGCACACAACAGCCAGCUGGUUCUGGAUUAACGUGUUCAGGCCCACAAGCUGGAGGGAUGUUAGCCGGGACUAAUCCAGUUGCUAAUAAGAGCUCAUAAGCACUUGGCUACUAAUGCAUUAAUGUCGAUGUUUACAAGCUAAUAAUAUGCCUUGGAUUUACUUGAAUAUUAUAUCACAGUGGCACUAGUAGUACUAGUACUACUAGUACUAGUAGCACUAUUUAUAUUCAUCCUAACCUUCAGAAAGGAAGAUGAGUUGACUCAUAAAAGUUGCAGAAUAUAAUUUAUAAAUUAAGCCUCAGUGAUCAUGACAAAAGUGAAGUAUAAUGUAUAUGAUAUGCUGCAUAAAAUGUAUUAUGGUAUAAAUGCAAGUUGGAUACUUGGAGAGACCUCAUUAAACUAAAAAAAAUGUUUGUUUUUUUUUGUUUGUUUGUUAUGUAAGAAUUAUUGUACAAAAUAAACUGCAUCAAAACUUUU